AUGUCAUUAUCUUCCUUAUCUUCCUUUGUACAUUCAUAUCCACCAAACAAUACUUCCCCAAACUUUCACAAUAAUUCGGAAAAUUUAAACACAAAUUCCCAAUUAAUUCAAGAAUCUAAUCAGGAAGAAAAAAUAAAAAAGAAUUCGAGUGAAAAAAGGAAUCCAAAAUCAUUUUUUUCCGACUGCGCGGUUUGUGGCCAACAAGCUAGGUGUCACAAUUUUGGAGUUAAAUGUUGCCAUGGUAAUUUGAUUUGA